UGACAACGCGGAAGUGUGUUGUCAACAGCGUAGCAAACCGCUGGAGUCAACUGUCCUCAGUCAGACACCAUGUCCAACAAAGAAGAUACCCGAUACUGUCACCGCUUCUCCUACCUUUUAAUCAAAUUCAUCCUGUUCGCCUAUGCCAUCGGCUGGUGGUUGAUAGGCGGCUUCAUCCUGGCCAUUGGCAUCUAUGCUGAGGUGGAGAGACAACGCUACAAAACGCUGGAGGGAGUGUUUCUAGCCCCGGCUAUAAUCCUGAUCCUCCUGGGAAUCAUCAUGUUUAUUGUUUCACUCAUUGGAGUCUUGGGCUCACUGAGGGAUAAUCUAGUCCUUCUGAAAGUGUUCAUGUACACCCUGGUUGUGUGUCUGAUCCUGGAGCUGCUGGGGGGAAUAUUAGCGCUGGUGUUCCGCAACCAGACGGUGGAGUUACUGAACAAGAACAUCCGAAGAGGAAUAGUGAACUACUAUGAUGACCUCGACUUCAAAAACAUCAUGGACUUUGUACAGAAGAAGUUUAAGUGUUGUGGAGGUCAGGAGUAUACAGACUGGUCAGUCAACAUGUACCACAAUUGUUCCGCACCUGGUCCGCUGGCCUGCGGAGUCCCUUAUACCUGCUGCAUUACUACUAAGCCUAAUGAAGUGGCCAACACUCUGUGUGGGUACAAAGUGAUGGAAAAAACGCGUUUGGACUUGAUUGAGGUCAUCCAUAUCAGAGGCUGCACUGAUGCUUUCUUCAUCUGGCUCAUGGACAACUAUAAGAUUAUGGCUGGACUACUUUUAGGGAUCCUACUGCCUCAGUUCUUUGGUGUGUUAGUCAGCUGGCUGUACAUCACUCGUGUCGAAGACGCCAUCAGUGAGUACGGUCACUAUAUGGACCUACUGGACUCAAGCGCACAAACGAGACAAGCCAAGAGGCAGGGCCACAUGGCCAAAUGGUUUAAAUGUAUGCCAGAGAUGGACUGAUGGAGGCAAAAACAACAGCGAAUGGACUCGAGCCAACACUCACAGUUGGUUAAAUUACUCCAGUGGAUCCAGAUACAGCUGCAGUCGCCUGCCUUUGAACUGCAGGUUUACUACACGCUCCCUCCACUGUGGAGGAAUAAAUGUGUUGAUGUUAUGUUUUUUAAGAAGGCAAUGAAACCAGAUUAUUGCGAGUUUGAUAUUCAAGUGUUCCUUUUUCAGUUUUAUUGUUAACUUACUGUUUGUAUCCAACACAAAAACAUUCGCAGGACCCACUUUGGUUAAUUAUUAAUGACUGUGUUAACAUGCAGUGUACUAAUGCGUUAGUGGGUUCAUUUGGAUAGGUGCUUUUAGCUGCAUUGUGCCUAAGAGAGUCUCAGGGAUAAACGCAGACACCAGUACAACCACUCUAGCUCCUUGUUUUAUAAUAUAACGUGAAAUUAAUCUGUUUAGUUCCAUCACAUAGCCAGAAUAUACAGCACUGACUUUUCUUACUUUUAUACCUGUAUUCAUUCAUUGUUUGUUUUUUAAAACCAAUUAAAGCAUUGCUCAGCUCUUCCAUACAACCACUGAUGAAGCCGGUCCAUUUAUCCAACCACUACUGUUGCCAUAAACUAUAAUGCAGGCUAUUGUUAGCGAAGACACUAUUUAUGUCAUCUGGAAGCAGGACAUGUUUGCCUUAUUUGUACGUAGUGACUGGAAAUACUCAAAGGUUUGAGACUGAAAUGAAUUUAUAUGUAAGUUUGAGUUUGUAGAAUAAGUUUUAUACACAGUACCGUGCACAUCCCCCAGUGACCACAAAUAGUCAUUGCAACUUCAUGAUAUGUCCAACACAAGUGUUGUCUGUAGUGCUCACAUUUGUUUUAUCAAAGCCUUAACUUUGACUCUUCAAAAUGCAUUUCCUGUUCAUCUUCACUCAGUUUACUGAUACAAUGAGGAGAAAAGGCUGACCUGGCACUGUAGGGCCUGAUGGUACGUUCCAUUUUCACUGGGAAUUUGGAAUUGCAGAAAUUUGUACUCGAUCGCUCACUUAGGUCAGAUUUCUGACUCGUUAAGUCAUAUAAGUUGGAUGAACCUCACCAACCCUGACUACUAGGUUGGCUGCAGCUGGAGCAGCCACAUGCCUCACCCACCGUCAGCCCCCUUUGCUCCUCCUUGGUUCGGAAGCAGAAGCCCUGGAGAAAAUGCAAAGUUAGGGUUUAGCUAGCUGUGAAGUAUUAGGUCAAAAUAGAGGUGGUUAUUGCUAAAGGAAUACUUCAACCACCAGAUGACCAUUUGUAUAUCAAUUACUCAAGUUUAAGAUAAGUUAUUAAGUUUUAAUUUGUGAAGAAAACUCAGUGGCAUUCAUUUAAAUACAGCAACCAUGUCUCCUUUAAAGUUAUUUGCUAGUAACCUUCAAAAACAAAUCAAUCUGUGACACAUGCAUUCCACCUGAAUUUCAUUUUUCAGCAUCAAGGCAAAAUGUUUUUAAGGAACAAAUCCAAACAAGUCACAAAAUGUUUACACGGAAUGUACCUGAAGUCUUGUGCUUUGCAGGUCCUUUAUCCACCCAGACCACUCUCCUGCAAAUUAUCUUAUUAUGUUUAAUAAAUGUUGCCACUGAACAAAAUCUAGGCAGCAAUUACAUUAUCUAAAAAAUCAGCAAAAUGAAUCAAAAGUGUGAUUUCCAGGAGACAUGUUGCCUAUAAAAAUACCAAAAUUGGCUCUCCAAGACUUAGUGUAGAUAAAAUUACCUUAGAACAUCUACAACAGAUAAUCCAGUGUGAUUUUCAGUUUUACAGUUUUGCCCUCAUCAUAAGUGAAAAAUGUGAAUUUAAUGUGCAACUGAACUUGGUUUGGUUUGAUGUGAAGUUGGAAACUGAGACCAAAUACAUACCUUUUUGAAGCAGAUUCUUUUUAAUUCACAUUACACUUCCUUUGUGUUUUUAAGUGACUUCACUCUACAUUCACACUGAUACAGUAUUAUAGUAUACUGUACUGUACUUACAUCACUGCCAAAACAUGUUUGCAAGCAUUUCUAGUUGAUUCUACUCAGUUAUAUUUUGUAUUCAUUAGGAUACAAGGCUAAACAGGUUAACAUGUUAGCCCUAUUUGCACUGCAGGGUCAAAUAGAGGUUGCCAGAACUUUAUCCUUGUACGUAUGAUUACAUAUCAGGGCCAAAUAUCUACUUAUCCAAAUUAAAAUAAUUCAGCUUUUGUACAUGUUUCUGUAGAAAAGAAUUAAAUUUGAUUUAAAUGUUAUUACAUGUUGUGUUGUCCCCAGUCUCUGAACCCAUCACCUGUCAGUCUGACAGUGAAUAAGCCCAUGGGGGCACCUGCCAGCAGAUGGCCUGGAUAUCCAUUAUCCAGACAAGACUUCCUCUUCUGUGCACCAUUUUGGCUAAUCUCUAUAAACUGAUAUCUACAUUUGAAUGCAGAUUUUU